GGUAUGUAAUUCAGUGGUUUAUGCGUUUCACCCGAUCUAGGAUUGUGUUGGUCGCCGACGUGCUGUAGUCGGAUACCUGCUCGGUAGAACAUUAUUUAAAUAGCUAAGUAGCUAUCUGUAAGCGUCUUCAAGCUGUUAUAUUGUAUACCCUGUAUAUUUAUUUAAAGUUUGGCAUUUUGUGCUUUUAAAUCAAUAGCUUAAGUAGGCUAUGUGUUUUUCAAAAGGGUGAGUCAAAUCCGUUUUUUGACUUUGAAUGUUAACCAUGUUGUAUUAUGCGAUUAAUGUAUUUUUAGUUUAUUAGUUGCGGCUACUUUUAGACAAACUUUUUUUCAACGAACUACUUUGAAAGCCCAAAGCUAGAUUUGCUCAUUAUAGUCUGUCACAGUAUUUCCCACAAGAGCAUGGGCGAUACAGCUCUGCCACAGCCCUCGGCGAGCGGGUUUGUACCCAUGCUAGGUGUGGGUAUCGUAGGCUCGAUGCCAGGUGCGGUGAGCGGGCCAAUUCCGGCCCCAAGAGGGUCAGCUGUCCCGCAACUGCAUAAUGCCAUAGUGGAGCGUUUGCGUGCCAGGAUCGAGCUCUGCCGCCGGCACCACUCCACCUGCGAAAGCCGUUACCAGCGCGGCCAGGCGGAGACCUCGGACCGCGAGCAUGAGAGCACCCUUCACCUCCUCAACAUCGUGCACCAGGGACCGGGGACCAGAAAGACCAAGGGCGGCAGAGGCGCGGCGCAACAUCCUCCAGAGUACAACGGCAGGAUAAACGGAGAGCAAAAGUCCCAAAACAGCGCCGAGGGUGAUUCAAAGCAUUCGACGCGGAUAGCACUGCAGGGGUCCUUGAGGAGGAAGAUCGAGGGGCAGCCGCAAGGAUACGCCCCCAAACAAAAUGGCCUCUCGGGCCCCUUCGGGUCUGACUGCAAGCGGCUGCGGGUGGAGGGCGGUGUCCCCUGCGCCUUCAGCAACGGCCAAUCCCACCAGGCCCUGCAGGGCGCCAUGGCGACAGGCCACGCCCUGCAGGGGAAGGCCGGCGCCCUGGUUGGCCACGGCGGGCCGGGGGAGCGCUUUGCCCAGACGCUGCGGGAGAUGAAGAAGGAGCCCGGGGAGCUGCUGCAGUCCUGUGGCCGCUACUCCUCCGCCCUCGGAGCCCCCGCCUUCGACUUCAAGGACGAGCCGGGCGGCCAGAUCGACCCCGAGCUCCAGGACCUGUUCGACGAGCUCACCAAGUCGGUGCCGUCGCUGGACGACCUGGAGUUCGACAAGAUCCUGAAGCAGGAGGACGACGAGGCCUUCCACCUGGAGCUGGGGCGACCCGCCUCGGCCGGGGGGGGGAGGCAGGGCUGCUCCCCGAUGCUGAAGGUGGUGAAGUCUGAGUACUCCCCGCCGCCGUUCUGCCAAGCCUCCGGCGGCCUGCAGCAGCUCCGCCCGGCCUCCGCCGGCCCGGUCUUCUCUUUGGCCAACGCGUCGUCCAUCACCGGGCCGCCCAAAAACUGUCCCAUGGGUGGGUCGGGAGGGUCCUCCAGAUCCCUGCCCCCCUGGCAGGAAGUGUCCCACGCCGAACAGCUGAAGCAAAUGGCUGCCAAUCAGCAGCCUGCCCCCCUAAUGCACCACCCCCACCCCCACCAUCACCAGCAGAGCCAAUCGGGAACCGCGCCCAGCUGGUCACCCGCCAUGUCCGCCACACACUCGUCUCCCGGCUCCUUCGGUCCGGAGAAGGUUCCGGGCCCUUCCUCCCUCGUCCCCUCCAUGAACAGCCAGGCGGCGAAAGGGAUGAACAACUGCCUGUUCAAGCCCAACGGACACGGGUCCAACAUGGCCGCCCCAAGGAAGCCCAUGCUGCACUUCUCCCCCAAGGUCCAAUCAGGAGGAGCCUCACAGGUCGCCCGGGCAACCGGGCCUCAGGGCAAACAGCCACCGCCAUCCCAGCAGCCGUCCGCGGCGGGCCAGAACCAGCCUCGAACGUCCCCGAACUUCCCCCCCAACCCCCUGCUGCCUGUCCCCACGUCCGCCUGUCUGCAACCCAAGUCCCAGCCUCUGAAGAUGCCCCCAAACCCACAUGGGCCGAGUCUCCAUUUCACACGGACUCAGCAGAGACAGAAUCCCCCUGGGCCACAUCUUUCCACAGUCAGCACGUUCCUGAGCAUCCCCGGCCAACCACAGCAGCAGCCCCCGCCUCCAAACGGGCCGCAGAACCCUGGGCUGAACACCCAGCCCGUCCACCGGCCGAUGCCCCAGCCACAGAAACCCCUCAACGACUCGGAUAAAAUGAGUCCGCAGGAUCAGCUGAGCCGACAUUUAACAAGGCCGCCUCCAGACUACAAGCAGCAGCCCCGGAGGAAUGUGCCGACGGUACCACAGACCAGUCUGUACACAGGAGGGCUUCCUCUGUGCAUUAGCUCCUCCCAGUCAUUGACAAGCACCCUGACCAAUCAGAAUGCCCUUCAGACCAGCUCCUGCCAGCUUGCCACUGGUCAGCCUCCUAAAAUGGCGCCACCUCCAAGCGACAGGAGAUUUGAGCCCCAAAAUGGCGGCUACAGCCAAACCGGUGUGAACCAGCUGCAGCAGCACUGCGCCCAGAACCCGAUGGGACUGAACCCAAACAAACCCAGGUUCCCUGGCAACCCGGGAAUGGCCUUCGGAUCCGUUACCAUGGUGACCGGCCAGCACGUCAGGCCCACGGCGGCCCAGGAAGUUUCUAGAAUCCUUGGACCGAGAUUGGGCAGCGUUAUGACCGCUUCCUCUAUGGGGGUACCCACGAGUUGGGGGCAAGGACCGAAGGAUGGUCUCGCGCAGGACAUCAGGAGGUACCCCAACACCCUGCCUCCUCAUCCCGGCGGGAAGAACGACAUGGGCAGUCAUAAAUUUACCCACAGGCCCCCGAUGGCCGUGCCCAAUCAGAUCGCCCCAGACAUUGGUCUGGGCCUGAACGGCCAAUCCACCGAAGCAGGUCGGAACCCUGCGUCCAGACUUUGCCCGCCCAGAAUUCCCGGCGUUCCCACCCUGAAUCCAGGCCCGCCGCUGCAGGCAACGCCUUCCGGAAACUUCUCCUCCCCUGCCGCCCACAAUCCCCCCCGCCCCUACCAAAGCGGCAACACGGGGACCCUCACCUUCGACUUCCUCCAAGAGGGCGACAACACUGUCCCAGGGAUCAAUACUGACUCUGACUUCAUCGACUCCCUGCUCAAGUCCGGGCCCAGUAAUGACGACUGGAUGCAGGACAUUAACCUGGAUGAGAUUCUGGGCAGUCAGUCCUGAGUCACAGGUGGAGAUACCCGUCAAGAUCUAUGGUGAUGCACACCAUACUCCUUUGUCAAGAAACAAAGAUCGUAUCCACGAACGAUGAUGUACUAUCCGUCUUUAUGUAGGGAAAAGUUUGGAAUUACUAAAGGGACACGGUGGUUUUAAGAGCUUUUUUUUGUUGUUGCUAUCGUUGCUGUUGUCAUUGUAAACCAAAUGUUUUAGUCAUGGAAAUAUUACAGAAACAUGCAUAAGGUAUUAAAUUAUAUUUGAUUUCUCUGUUCCUGUGGAAGUUAUGCAUUUCAUUUUAAUAUUUUAUCUGUAUUGUAAGUUAUGGCUGAAAGCAAUCCUUGGAUGAUGUUCGAAAUGGUUUGUUACACUGUCUUGCUUCUGCUUUUUUCAAUGUGAUCCUCACCUCUUUGGCCUAGUCACAGCCCAGAAAGCUCCUGCAAGCUGAGGUGUCCAAACUGUGUUUUUCUGGCACAUUUGGUAAUUGUUCUUAGCACUUGUCAUUGUUUAAGCUCCUUGGGAUCUUCAUGUAAACUCUGCAUCAACUGGCUGAUUCAGAGACGUCAUAAAUGGUGAAGGUACUUGCCCUGUCUCUGUUUGUAGCACACUUAAUGUAAAUGAACACAGAAUCCAUGUACAAAAUACUUUUUUCUUAUUUUGUUGGUAACUAUGUGUAUGUGUAUGUGUAUGCACAUGCGCUUUUGUGCAUGCUUGUGUGUGUGUGUGUGUGUGUGUGUGUGUGUGUG